AUGAAGAUCUACACUAUGCCCAUCUCGCAGCCUGCAAGGGCUUUGUCCUGGGCCUGUGCCUAUGAAGGCACGAAGGUGGAGGAGGUGCAGAUCAUGCCGGGCAAGGAUACCAGAAGUGAGGACUACAAGAAGCAGGGGCCCAUCUUUGCUGUGCCUCGCUUGGAGGAGGAUGGCUUCAUCCUCAACGAGAGCCAUGCGAUCAUGUCGUAUCUUGGCGACCGCUUUAACUGGAAGCUCUAUCCCAAAGAGCCCCGCGCACGAGCGCGAAUCCACCAGUACAUGAACUGGCACCACCAGAACACGCGGCGCAUCACCCUGGCCCUCUUUGCGCCCGUGAUGAGACCGGACAUACCUCUACCGCAGGCAUUGGUUGACCUUUGGAUGAAGGAGAUCAAGAACACGUUGCAAACUGUGGAGCGCUGGCUUUCCGAGAGCACCUGGAUCUGUGGCUCAGAGCCGACAGUUGCAGACUUGUCUUGCUAUUGUGAGAUCGGGCAGUGCUUGGAGAAGUACACGGGGCUCUUCGCUGUGCACAGCAUUGACCUCUCAGCAUAUCCGAAGAUCAGCCAAUGGCUCACGGCCUGCGAGGGCCUAGCAGGCUACGAGCAGAGCCAUGCAGCGCUAAAGCAGCUUCUCCG